CUCAGCUAAAUAGUGAAGAAACAUUUGUUGGUGGCUCCAUUAUCUCUAUCUCCAUCGCUCCAUUCCACUUGUGUCGGCCAUUUCACUUCUCUUUUCUCUAUCUAUAUAAUACCAAACAACUGCGCAUUGCUUUCUACGAAUCCGAAUCAUGCCCUGCCUCUCCGCCCUCUGCUUUUGCUGCCUCGGCGCCGCCCUUCUCUUCCUCCUCCGAUCACGACCCAACAGGAGCACCUGCCCUUCUCAUUCUCCUCCCGGAACCACCGGAUUGCCUCUCGUCGGAGAGACGCUCCAGUUCAUGGCUGCCAUUAAUACCACCAACGGCGUUUACGAUUUCGUCCGAAUCCGCUGCCUCCGAUACGGACGGUGUUUUAAGACGCGGAUUUUCGGAGGGACGCAUGUGUUCGUUUCGAGCACCGAAUCCGCGAAGCUGAUACUGAGCGACGGCGGAGGGAAGUUCACCAAGAAGUACAUAAGCUCGAUCGCCGCCCUACUCGGCGGCCGGAGUUUGCUCUGUGCUUCGCAUGAGUACCACAAAUUCUUGCGCGCCCGUCUCACCAAUUUAUUCUCCGCCACUUUUUUGGCGUCCUUCGUCCCGCAGUUCGAUCAACAAAUCCUUUACGCGCUUCGGACUUGGGAAACUGGAUCUACCAUUCUCCUCCUCAACCAAGCGCUCAAGAUAACCUGCAAGGCAAUGUGCAAGAUGCUGAUGAGCUUAGAGAGCGAAAACGAAUUAGAGGUACUGCAGAAGGAGGUGGCUCAUGUAUGUGAGGCAAUGCUCGCCUUCCCAUGGCGGUUUCCCGGGACAAGAUUCCACAACGGCCUCAAGGCAAGAGAAAGAAUUAUAGAAGUGCUCGAAAAGGUGAUUCGGGAGAGACGGAGAUCUAAAGCCCAACACGAGGAUUUCCUACAACGACUAUUGAAGGAGGAGGAGGGCGGAGGCACGCUGUCGGAUGCAGAGAUUGUAGAUAACAUUUUGACGAUGUUGAUCGCUGGCCAGGAUACCACGGCGAGUGCCAUCACUUGGAUGGUCAAGUUCUUAGAUGAGAAUCAAGAUGUCCUUCAAAAUUUAAGAGAGGAACAAUUAGAAAUAUUGGGUAAACGAGCUUCUUCGAGUAUCCUUACGUUGGAGGAUCUUGGAAACAUGUCUUAUGCUGCUAAGAUAGUAAAAGAAUCCUUGAGGUUAGCAUCUGUUGUGCCAUGGUUCCCAAGACUAGUCCUCCAAGACUCUCACAUUCAAGGUUAUAAAAUCAAGAAAGGGUGGAACGUCAACAUCGAUGUAAGAUCACUACACACAGAUCCUUGUGUUUACAAUGAUCCUGCAAAGUUCAACCCUUACAGAUUUGAUGAAGAGGGAAAGGCGUAUAGUUUCCUAGCUUUUGGAAUGGGAGGGAGGCAGUGCCUGGGGAUGAACAUGGCCAAAGCCAUGAUGCUCGUCUUCCUUCACCGCUUGGUUACUUCUUACAGAUGGAAGGUGAUGGACUCGGACUCUAGCAUUGAGAAGUGGGCUCUCUUUUCAAAACUAAAGAGCGGUUGUCCAAUCGUCGUCACACAUAUUGGAUCCUAGACGACGCCGUAUAGCCCCCAAUAAUGCAAUUUAAACUUCCUUUUUUUUUUUAAUUUUAAUAAUUUUCUCGCUUUCGAAUCUUAUUAUAAUUAAAUAAUGCCUGGCAAGAACCAAAUACUAUGUGAAAUUAUAUGAAAUCAUUUUAAUUAUGUCUCAACAACUUAUU